GUUUGUCUUUGACCAAUGGCGAGUUUCAUUUCCACGCAAACGCAGUUUCCCAAAAGGUACACGUGACCCUGCACAGUCACAGUAAUGUGGCGUCUCUCCGUGCAGAGGAGACAUUUACACUCCUCGUUAUGUUUAAUGAAGAAGUUAAAGGGUAAAACUCCUGCCGAGCAGCGCUGGCUGUUGCGGCAGCUCAAAGACCCGUAUGUCAAAGCUUCUCAUGCCCAGAACUUCCGGUGCAGAAGCGCCUUCAAGCUACUGGAGAUGGAUGACAAGUUUAGGAUUUUACAGCCCGGAUACAGCGUGGUGGACUGCGGAGCUGCACCUGGAGCCUGGAGCCAGGUGGCAGUCCAGAGGGUCAACUCAGCCGGGACAGAUCCGGAGCUACCGCGCGGCACAGUUGUUGGCAUCGAUCUGCUGAACAUACCACCUCUGGACGGUGCCCACUUCCUGUCCAGUCACGAUGUCACUGACCCCGCCACACACGCCAGGCUGCAGGAGCUGCUCCCCAAAGGCCAGGCUCAUGUCAUCUUGAGUGACAUGGCGCCCAACGCCAGCGGUUUCCGAGAGAUGGACCACGAGAAACUCAUCACAAUGUGUUUAUCUUUGGUAGACUUGGCUGAGAAGAUUUUACAGCCGGGUGGCUCCCUGGUUUGUAAAUACUGGGAUGGGAUCCUCACUCACAAACUCCAGGAGAAACUCUCGAGUGCGUUUGGUAGUCUUAAGACUUUCAAGCCAAACGCCAGCAGGAAGGAUUCGGCUGAGAGAUAUUUUUUUGCUAGAAUGUACAGAAAGCCAGAGAGAUGACCAUAGUUAUCCAUUAUUUUUCUUGUUUGUUCAAUUUAGGCAUUUUCCAGAGGUUGUCAUAAGUGCAUACUGUGAUUUUGGUGAGUGAACAUGAAAAAGAGGCUUCCUUAAUAACUCUGAUCAAAAGGUGGCACUGUUGAGGCAUCAGUAAGGCUCACAGCUGCAGGCACAGACACAUUCCAUACUGUUGCUGCUGAUUUUUAUCCCUUCACACUUAACACAGUAGCAGCAGUAAAUGUGUAAUAUUUAAAUCCUAUGCAAGAACUAUCAGUGUGAUAUUCCUCAAGAGCCCAGUGUUGUGUUUUCUGUGGACUUAUUGUUUUUCCAUAGUGUUUGUUCUACACAGUCAGUUUGAUAUUUGCUUUGUCACAGAAAGUCAUUUACCAGUGCUGCUUAUGCUGAUAAUUUGCACUGCCAGCCAUGUAGAAAUAUGCAAUCAUUCUCUCAUUGAGAGCUUAUGAAGGGAAAGCCUCAUACAUAAGAGUCACAUACAGCAUGACUAAUGGGAAGUGGGAUGAUGCUGAAGCUUGGCACGCUGCAAGUGUUGUCGAGCUCUGCUCUCUGACAGUGGAGAGAUGUCCAUUUCCUGGGAAAAUAUUUUCAGUCCAGUAGACAGAUUUUCUUUUAAGAUUCUCUUUUAAAUCACUGCGCCGAACACUUUGGAAACUCUGUUUUAUUUGUGUCUUUGCUUUCUCAGACUGAUCUGAUCCUGCUCUGAGUAGAAUUUAGAGCCGCUGGUAAUAAAAUAAAAGGAUGUUUCUGUCAGAGCUACAUUAAAAAAGAAUCAGCCCCAUAUAUUUGAUGUCACAGUAAUCUGUAUAGGGAUUCACAGUAGAGUCCUUGCUAAUAUAGCCUUACAUUGUCUCCAGGGAAAUGGUAAAAGAGAUGGCACCCUACAAAUAUAUAUGUAAAUAAAAAGUAGUUGGGAAAACUGUAUUGACUUGCCUUGACACUGAGACAGGAGCUAAGCUAAGCUGCUAGGUAGGCAGGUUUAAGCUACAUGCUACUCUAAAACCAAUGUUAGCGGGUUGUGCUCACUCAUCGGUCUUGUUUUCACUUGAAAUUAUCAUUAUUAAUGAAUUCUUUUGAUCUUUUGUA